UUUGGUGGGUGUUGGCAGAGGGGAUGGCAGAGCUGUCGUGCUGAAUGCAGCUCCUUGCCGGCGCAGGAUCGCUCCGUGUCCUGGGGGUGUUGUGCUGACGUGCCAGACAAAGAUCUCUCUCUGCAAUCCUCGUGUGCAGCUCUUCUUGCCAAGGAACAGACUCUGCUGUCGUUGUCCGCAGACUUCAUCCUGCACAACUUGCGGAGGAACGUGGGGAGGGAAGGGACUGCUCCUGGCCCUUAUGCUCAGAUGUUAAUUUAGCACUCCACAUUUCCUGUGAUUCACAGGCUGUCUCUUGACAGGAGCGCGUGUGCCUUGGAGGAGAAGCAGAACUGCUGCUUAACUUUCCCCACACGGGGCUGGCACUGAGCACAGCCUUUCAUGAAGGAAUGUUAACUGCCAGGCUGUUGAUUUUGUUGUUUGUUUAUUUCCCUGGCCUCUUGGUUGUUGGUGUUUUGUGUUUUGGCUCCUUUCCUUCAGUUGGUCUUACUCUUAACAGCUAUUUUCCUUUAACAGGAGUGUUGAUCGGUGUUCUAGCAGCUGCAGUUAAUACUGGGUGGAAAGUCUUUUCUGAAGUGCUGUUUGAGACUGGCUACAUCUGAAACAGUGCACUGAAUUCUCCCAGCUCCUCUCCCCUCGGGUCAAGAGCUGGUUUGUCUUUUCAUGUAGUAAAUAAAGCCUGUGGUCUGCUUUGUGAUCUGCUUUGUGAUCACAAGUUCCUGAGGCAUUGCAGAUAGAGUCUGUGGGCCUGGUAAUUACCUUGGUUCUGGUAAAGCAGCAUUUGGGAGAUUCUUUUGUCACCAGCUAUUUCAGCUCAGUGUGUGAGCUCAGUGCACUGGAAAUGCAGAGCAGUAUAUCCAUAACAAAACAAAAGCAUACAUGACAGAAGCACAGCAGUGGUGUUCCUCGGUUCCCAUAACCAGCUGAAGGUGGCAGGUGUAGCUUUGUUGCCAAAAAGAUCCCAGUGGUGUUUGCAGCUGCCGGCUUUCAGCUGGAAUUUGGGCUGUGGUUUGCAGCAGUGGGGGGCUGCAGCACCUCCUCUGCUUGGAGGUACCAGCAGGAGGAAUGUCAGUGAAACUGUCGGAAAUCAAAAGGCAAAGUCAAUAAACCUGCGCAGCCUAGGGACAGCCCUGUGCCACAAGAGGCGAGGGGGAAAAGCAGAUGCUUUCACAAAAUGAGCAAAGCGGGCAGGGACCUGGAAAACGAGCAGGGAAUGACGUUGGAAAGCAGGACAGUGGCAUUUCCGUGGCUCCUGUGCCUUUUCAGAGUCCUGGAGAGGCUGCGAGGGAGCUGCAGCUCUGUGAGCCGUGUUAGAGCCCCGAGGGGCAGGGGAUGGCUGGGCUGUGUGCACCUGGGAUGACUCGUGUUUGUUUUCAGUUUUUAUUGCAGGACAGUUGCCAUUGCUGAAGAUCCCUAAUGCCAGAUACCCAACCCACUGCCAAAUAACCAUGAACGAGAGGAGGUAGCUGCCUCCAGCGCGAGGGAAAAUCUGAUUUCAAUGGAUACAAAAUACAAAGACGAUUUAUUUAGGAAGUAUGUACAGUUCCACGAAUGCAAACUGAACGCCUCUGACAGCAAGCAGCGUCCUAUUAACGAUGAGUACUUGCGAGUGGCAGCAGCAGCCUUACUUUGCCUUCCCAAAAUUGAUCCCUUUUAUAGAUUCCGGUUGAUAAAAUUUUACGAGAUGGCUGAAAACUCCCUGAGAUCUGUGAAAUCCUCAAGUUUACAUUGUCUCCAUAAUGCAUUCAACAUGCUUGAGACAGUUGGAAUUAAUCUCUUCCUGUACCCCUGGAAAAAGGAGUUCAAAAACAUUAAGACCUACACUGGACCCUUUGUUUAUUAUGUGAAGUCUGCUCUAGCGGAGGAUGACGUGAGGCAGAUUCUGAACUACAUGGGCUACGUCCAGGAACUGGGAACAACGUUCAAGCUCAAAGAGCAGGUCGACGCCAUUCAAGUGAAAAUGAUUUCAUUUGAGCUCUUCCUGGCCAAAGUGGAAUGCGAGCAGCUUCUGGAGAUCCACCUGCAGGUGAAGGAUAAGGGUUACUCCGAGGUGGAUGUCAUCAACGAGCGCAAGAACAGCAGCGAGGACGUGCGGGGCUGCUCGGAGGCCAUGAGGCGGCGCCUGGAGUGCAAGGAGGCGCUGAACACGUCCAUGGCGCGCAUGGUGCUCCAGAAAUCGGCCAGCGAGCGCGCCUCCAAGGACUACUACAAGCCAAAGGUCAGCAAGCCUUCCAAGUCAGUGGAUGCGUAUGACAGCUACUGGGAGAGUAAGAAACCACCGCUGAUGAGCUCGCUGAGCCUCAGGAAGGAGCCGAUUUUGGUCGAUGCAGAAGAUGACAUUAAAGAUGAAAUUAUCCGUCCGUCGCCCUCUCUGCUGACCAUGUCCAGCUCCCCACACGGGUGUUCAGAUGAAUACUUGCCAGCUUCCUCUCAUCACAAUGGCAUGCUAAGAACAAAUGUCCCUUACAGCUCCUAUUUUUCUGCUCAAGAGGACUUAGAUUUAUAUACUGACCCUGAUUCUAGAAGCGUGUUAAAUUUUAAAAGACAAGACGCUAUUAAGCCUGAUGUAUGGCUGUUAAAAAGUGAUGCCAACCCUGUUUACCACAAACGCACCCACCUAGCCAAAGAGACAUCUUCCUCCAAGUGCCAGAACUGUGGCAUACCCUGUGGCGCUUCUGUUUGCCAGAAGUGUGACAACCUGUUCGGCUCGAGGCAGGAGUACCCAGCAGUGAAACAGAGCUCCUACUCCAUCAAAGCACUCCCAGGCGAUGGCUUGUCUCCUGCCUCGGCUCUGAGGGAGAAAUCUCAGUACACAUCACAGACUCAGAGUCAAGACAGAGCUGCUCAGUUCGGUUCCAAGCCCAAGCCUUCGGGCACCUCGCGCUGCGGCUUCUGCAACCGCUCGGGAGCCGCCAACACGUGCACGUUCUGCUCCAAGGUCUCGUGUGACACCUGCCUCAACGCCUACUACUACGACCCGUGCUGCAGGAAGAGCGACCUGCACAGGUUCCUGCCUAACAACCAGCUAAACUACAAAUCAUCCCAGCUGUCCCACGUGGUUUACAGAUAGACCGGAUGAGUGUUUGGGAAGGGAAGGGAAGGGGGAGAGGAAAGGGCUAUCCUAACUAAUGUUCUGACUCCAAACUGACCUCUUGCCAAAAUCACAUGUCCAGAUAUUUGGAACCAUGGUUCAGUGAUCAGGUGCCAGUUCUUGAUUUUUGUGGCUUCACAGAUGCUGCAGAUCCAUUAGAUUUCAUGCUGCUAUAAUUUAGGUAACUCCUAAACGAGCAUUGCUUUUUAACUUACAUGGGGCAGAAGAGCACAUUUUUCCUUAAAACUUGGCAGCUGUUGUAUUUUUAAAAAGUGACAUCAUACCUUCCUAUUAUAUCAUAUCUUGCCCAAAUAAAACCAGGCAGUAUUUGAAAAUAAAAUCAGAGAAUUAAGAUUGUCAUUUUCUGUGAGUGAUGAAACCACUGCCAGUUUUUGAUAAAGUAUGACUUCAGAAUGUGCAGGAAAUACGAGAAUGGCUUAUUUUGCCAACAAGGACUAUUUUUUGAUGUGUGUCUGCAUUUCUUGAUCUCCAAAAUGCAAACACCAUAACCUCUCUUCCUUUUGUCUUUGUUUCCUCCUUCUCCCCUUCUUUCCUGGUUGUUUAUCUCAAGCUAUAUAACCUGAAUCUGGACAAUGUGUGCUUUAUUUUCCGGUGUUGCCAAUAUCAUCCUUCUGGGUUUCACUGUAUGGUAUUUUAAAGAGGUGAUCCUGUAUCUAUGUCACUCAGAUGAUGCCUGGAGUGUCCAUUUUCUUUCUGUUGCACAUGGUUUAAGUACUGUUCUUUGUACUGUAAAUAGGUGAUUUGGAAACAGUUUAUUUUUAAUAAAUAUUUAAUAUGUUGAGUUCUUAAAAGUGGUAGAAUCAUUAUAGCUAUGAAGUCUCUCUGGGUUUUUUUGUUCAGGUGACUUUUUGUUUUUCCUUGUACUGUAUUUCAUAGCUUAUUAUAGCCACUGUGGCAGAAUGUUGUUCUUGGCUCUGAUCAGUUCUUGGGUUUUAAUCUGACAUUUUUUUCCCUCUGAUAAGGCUGGCGCUCAUCUGGGUGGAGUCUUGUCUAAGAAUUGCAGGAUUUGCUCUCAGUGCACGCUUUUUCUUUGUGGUUAUGGAAAUUGUAAGUAUCAAUGUUCUGCUUGCUCCCAAAUUCACUGCCAGUCUGUCUGUAAUGUAGUCCAGCAAGUAAAGCACUGGCCUGGUUAAAAAUCAGAGCUCAUUGUGACUCCUGUUCAAGUGAACCCAUCAGUUAUGGAUGUGGAUCAGAUAAUAACCUUUGUCUCUUGCUGUAGCACUUGGGAACCCUGCCCGAGAGCCAGGACUCCCUUGUGUUGGGCUCUGUACAGUCUGACCCCCAAACACCACCAGGUUAUGAAUAGACUUUAGUUUUCUAUUAAAAGAAAACCCCUAAGAAUCCUAACUCCCUCAUUCCAACUAUAGCUAGUUAGCACAACGUAUCAGGCAACCUAAUCUGAUGUGCAGAAUUAAAUGUGUUUAAAAUAUCUGUAAAGAGCUCUAGCUGAGAUGUAAACCGUAGUCCACUUUGCACUGAAAUGAUUCACUUUGGGGUUUUUAAUCACUGUUAGAGUCUAGACUUCUCAGCUUCAACCUCCAUCACUCCCUGUGUGACAGGAACAUGCAUGAAUGAUUGUUUGUCUUACAUUUUCUGGGGUGGGGGGCUUCAGGUAGGUAGAGGGGAAAAUUACAUAGGCUAGUGUUGUAAAAUAGCUAAAACAAUUUUAGCCAUAACUGCGUGUCAGAAGCAUUAUGGAAAUAAGAUGAAACCUGGGUCUUACAGAGGGCUGAGAAAAAUACGUUACUGUCCAGUUUGCACUAAGAAACAAAGUGAACAGAGUGUGUUUAACAAUCAGGGAAAUUCUGAAUCAUGGGACUGCAACUGAGCAUAAUGUCAAGGGCAGGUACUGCCUUGCUGACCCUGAAGGUUGGGGUGAAUAUUGUUUAAGUGAAUGAUUUUAAGGUUUUCAAUCUUGUAUGUUUUUUAUAAAUAUAUAUAUAUAUAUAAAUAUGACACAAAUGUAGAUACAUUAUGUAUAUAGUGAAGAAUUUAAAAACAAUUUUACUAUUAAAAUGCAGUCUAAGGGUGGUUUUAAUUUUGGUGGUUCUUUGGGUUUUGUUCACCUUCUGCAGUUUCAUGCCUGUUUGGCUGCUCUACAGUGUAUCUUCUAGUUCACCAGUUCAAUUUCCAUAUGGCUCCUCACACUACAGUGAAUAACUAAAACUGUGAUGCCACGUAAUUUUUAUGGUGACCAGGGCAGGGGCUAUACCUGCUCUGAAAAAGAGAAGUCCUUUGUAUAUAUGUCAUGGAAUCCUGUAGUAAAACCUGUGUUGAAUUGAAGUGAUACCAUGCUCUAUUUUUGUGUAUCUUACUGUAUGAGGUUGCUGUGAUUGAUACAGUAAAAUAUAUGCGAAUUUAAAAUGCAGGUGUUUUGCAUCUGAUUUGUUUAAAUUAAUUUAUGUUUUGAAGGAAUUUAAAAAUAAAGAGGCCUUUAAGAAAAGGCUUCACUCUUUUCUUAAA